AUGCUGAAAAGAACAGUAACUACAAGACUCUAUAAAAAAGUACUCAAUAGAGCAUUCAAUUUCACAAAAUUAUCUAAAGGCAAUCAUCUGCUUAAUGGAUCAAGACUGUACACGACAGCCUCGAAUAUAAAUAAGGUGAAACGUUCAAAAAAAUAUACAUGGCUGCUUACUUGGGUGAUAAUGGGAGCGGCCGGUUAUGAAUUGAAUAAUUUUGUCAAUGACAGGAGAAUCGUUAAAAGGAACUUCGAACCUGAAAGUUCAACUCUACCACUAGACAGAUUAACCCCCCCUCGAUAUGAAACAGAUCCAGAAAAACUAAAGCUCCACAUUGAAGACUUAAAAAAAAUAAUGGAUAAUGAUUCCAAUAAUUACACCGAGAUGCAUAAUGAAUUGGUAAACCAUGCUGAUAGUUAUUUCAAUACACAUCAUCCACAAGAUAUCGAACUGGAUAAACCGACAAUUGUACUUUUCCCAAGAAAUACUCAAGAUGUUUCGAAAAUAUUAAAGUAUUGCCAUACACAUAACUUACCAGUGAUUCCAUAUUCUGGGGGUACUUCAUUGGAAGGUCAUUAUGUCACCACGAGACCUCCUAGUACUAUUAUGGUUGAUUUUUCAAGAUACAUGGCUAACAUAAUCAAAUUCUCUCCUGCUGAUUUGGACGUAACCGUGCAACCAGGGCUCCCAUGGGAAGACUUGAAUGACUUUUUAGAAGAAAAAGGAUAUAUGUUAGGAGUCGACCCUGGUCCAGGUGCACAGAUGGGUGGUUGUAUUGCAAAUUCUUGUUCAGGUACAAACGCUUACAGGUUCGGAACAAUGAAAGAAAAUAUCAUCAAUAUAACAUUAGUAUUACCAGAUGGCACGAUCGUAAAGACCAAGAGAAGGCCAAGAAAGUCCAGUGCAGGGUAUAACUUAAAUGGUUUGUUUGUAGGUAGCGAGGGUACACUAGGUGUUGUGACAGAGGCGACAGUGAAGUGUCAUGUCAAACCAAAGUGCGAAACUGUUGCUGUCGUGACCUUCCCAACCAUUCAGGAUGCCGCAAACUGUUCUUCUAAGUUAACUCAAAAUGGUAUUCAACUAAAUGCAAUGGAAUUACUAGAUGAGAAUAUAAUGAAAUUAAUAAAUUUAUCGAAAUCAACCUACAAACAGCAUUGGGAUGAAACGCCAACUAUGUUCUUUAAAAUCGGUGGUCAAAACGAAACUAUUGUUAGGGAAUUAAUACAUAUGAUGAAAAGAAUAGCUAAAGAAAACAAGUCUAUCAAGUUUGAAUUUUCAAACGGUGAAGAAGAAAAAUUAGAGAUGUGGGAGGCCAGAAAAGUAGCAGUAUGGACUGUUUUGGAUACUGGUAAAGCUAUCAACGAAGAUGCUAAAUUAUGGACAACUGACGUCGCUGUGCCGUUAUCAAAUUUUGCCAAAGUCGUCGAAGAAACUAAAGCUGAUUUAAAGGAAAGUAAAUUAUUAAAUAUAAUUGUUGGACAUGCAGGAGAUGGUAAUUUCCAUGCUGCAAUAGUUUACAAUAAUGAAGAAGAAUUCAAAAAAUGUAAAAAAGUGGUAGAUGAUAUGAUAACAAGGGCAUUAGAUCACGACGGUACUUGUACAGGAGAACACGGGGUUGCUCUUGGGAAAAGAAAGUACUUAUUAGAAGAAUUGGAUGAAGAUACUGUCGAUCUAAUGAGAAGGAUCAAGUUAGCAAUAGAUCCAAACAGGAUAUUAAACCCAGACAAGAUAUUUAAAAUUGAUCCCAAUGACACAGCUGAAUAA